AUGUGUUCCUCCUAAAUGAAUGGCAUUUGUUUAAAAUACCAACAUAAGAAGGAGACCAUAUUAUGCUUUCACUUCACGUUCAGAAGUUCUUUAGUGCCCUCAUUAUGUUUGUUUUCUUUUGCAGCAAACAAGAGGAGGAGUCUAUAUAACAGUUCCUACAGUCCUCAAGUGGGCAACGGAAGCCCAUACAGCACAAACAGUGCAAACAGUCCUUACAGCAGUGGCUUCAACUCCCCGUGCUCCACUCCGUCUAGAGUGCCUAUCGUCAAGCAGCUCGUUCUGCCUGGCAGCACAGGUCACCAGCGGGGAUCAGCUGACAGAAACACACAGGCAGUGAGCCCACAGUCCUCAGUAGACAGUGAGUUAAGCACAUCAGAGAUGGAUGAAGACUCUGUCGGUUCAUCGACUACAUAUAAACUCAAUGAUGUCACAGAUGUGCAGAUACUCGCCCGCAUGCAGGAGGAAAGCUUAAGGCAAGAAUACGCUGCGACAGCGUCACGUCGUAGCUCUGGUUCAUCAUGUCAGUCGUUGAGACGAGGAACUCUGAGUGACCAGGAGCUGGACGCACAGAGCCUAGACGAUGAUGAGGAGGCAGUCCACCAUUCCUACUACACACCCGUCAACCGCUUCAGCCCCUCCCCUCGGCACUCGCCCCGUGUCUCCCCCAGGAACUCGCCCCGAUCCCGCUCACCCACCCGCUCUUUAGAGUACAGCCGCGGAUCUCCUCAACCGAUCAUCAGCCGCCUUCAGCAGCCCCGCCACUCUCUGCAAGGCCACGAUACGCAGACCAAUGCCAUUAAGAAUGAAGAAAAGCUGAGACGGAGUCUACCUAAUCUCACACGAUCCAGCUCUGGACCGACUACAGAGCCGGUCAAAAACAGCAGGAGCUGUGAGUCAAACCUGCAGGUGCCAAACGGAGGGUCACCCCGACACCAGAGUCAGUCUGCCACGUCACACCAAAGGCUGUCCGCACCUGCUCGCUCUUCCCCAAAACCAAAAGAGAGACUUCAGAGCCCUACGUCUCUACGAGUUCCUCUCUCGUGUUGCUUUGGAGAGGAAACCGAUUUCAUGCCCUCUUCCAGUAAGUUGCGGACUCCCACUGCCCCUUCUCCCUUGGCUCUCCGUCAGCCCAUGAAGGUCAUGUCUAAUCAUGGUUCAGGCACAGCCACGCCCACACGCUCCAUGGCCCCGCCCCGCAGCGGCCUGCCCCGCCCCACCGCCAAUGCUGGAGGAGGUUUACCAGUGCCUCGCAGCAAACUGGUCCAGCCUGUGCGCAGGUCUCUGCCAGCUCCAAGGACAUACAGCGGAAUCAGAGACGAGAGCUGGAGAGAGGGAUGCUACUGAGCGUGUCCAGAACCAGCAGCACAAACGGGCUUUCAGUUCAACCUGGCACUUUAUAGAGAUACAUCUUUAAACCCCACAAAUAAAGAGACACAUUCUUCCAAACAAACGAUUCUCUCCUCUUUCAGUUGAUGUUGCAGAGCUUUCAUCCCAGCAGGAUAGAUGUGGAAGGCAGACUGGACACCGCAGAAUGCCAAUGAACAAAAAGAAGAAAAAAAAACAGACUGGGAUUCGCCGUCAACUACCAAACAGCACCUGUACUACAAAUUGCUCAGAAUCUACAAUCCUGCUUGCAAAUCCACCCAAACCCCACUCUAGAAGAACACUGAACACUUGUGUCCUCUAUAACCACAUUAGUGGGUGAUCCCUUGUGAGCACAUACAAAUUGACCUUAACUUUUGCCUCAAGUGGGAAAGGUUUGUAUGGCAACAAAGAAUCCACAUGGCAAUUGCAUUCUGUCAAAAUGACUUUCAUAUCUAUGUGACCUCUUAUUUAUUUGAACUCAUUAUUUAAAAUAUUUCUUUCAAAAAGUAUUCAUACAGUAUUUGGUCUUUAUAAAUAUAUAUGUGUGUUUACUUUAUCUUUAUUUUGGGGCUUUUUAUUUCUGAAUGUCGUUGUUAAACCUCAACUGCAAAAGCUACGUUUCCAAAGCAUUUUAAAUGUCUGAAUAAUGGAUGCAUUUCAGAGUCUUUGAACAAAUGUAUUUAGUUUGAGCCUUCAGAUACGCAGCAGGAUUGAUGCUUUUG